CGGAAAUGCCCAGAUAUAUGGAAAGAAAUAGCAAGGCAAUAUGUAAAUUACCUCACUACUAUCAGAAUAAAUUACAGUGUUUGUUUAUAAAGCCGAAGUCAUUUGCGUGUCCGAAGUAGGAGAGGCAGCUGUAUGUGAACAAAACGUCCAAAACAAACCUCCGCGAGGCCGAAGUUUCAUUCGUGAAUAUUUUUCCACAGAAGAUACAAGAAAAAGAUGUCUAAAACCCUAUAAAAGAAGAAAGAAGAAAGAAGAAGUACAAGAAAAAGUUCCUAGUAGAGCAUCUUGUGGAUCUGUCAGCAUAUGUGUGAUGGUUAUGCCUGCCUCAGUAUGGCACAAAUAGAAAUAUAUUAACGGAGCACUGCAUGAUGCAGUGUAGAAGAACCACUACCAUGUUGACAGCCAUGUGUAUGCAGCGUACAUUGGUGCCAUGUCUUAGAAAAAGGGUUUUCACUUGUUCAUUUGUGCAGACAAAGGAGUACAGGAAAAUACUGUACAGUGGCUUUGAUUGUAGUGACAGUGUUACCAGAACUAACACGUUCCUUCACAAAUCCAGAAAUUAUGCUAAAGAUUCAACUUAUGAUUUAGAUAGAAAAAACAACCUUGAGAUUAUGAAUAAUGAUAAGGAAGUGAAAUUAGUGUCAUUUGUUGGUGAGACUUCACCAAGUCCUUUUGAAGAUUCCAAUUGGGAAAAUGAAAUGAAGUUGUUGAAAGAAUUGGAAACAAGGGAUGUACUUGUUCCACUAAAAGAUGCACAUGAAAUAGAUCUACUUUCACAAGAAGUUAGACCUGCAUUUAAUCUAGCUGCUUAUAUUAACAGAUCUGCUACACUUCAAGAAAUGGUGAAGCUUGGAGUUGAUAUCAGCAAAUGGGAAAAGAGAAAGGGCAUCAGUUCAUAUAUCUUGAAACUGGACCUGGAACGUGAUAUGAAGCAGCACUUGAUGUUCCUCCAUCAUCAAGGUGUAAAACCAGAGGAUCUGGGACGCUGGCUCACCAUAAAUCCUCUUAUAUUUCGUGAAAGAAUAGAAGAUCUUGACUCUCGUAUCAACUAUCUAAGGGCGGUGAAAUUUACCGAUGGUGAAAUUGCACGUUUGAUAUCACGCAAUCCAUAUUGGCUGUUGUUUAGCACUGUCAGAAUUGACAACCGCCUUGGGUUUUUUCAACAUUUGGGUGGCCUUAGUAGAGGUGAAGUUCGUGUCGUCGCAGUGAAAGAGCCGCGACUGAUUACACACAGUCUUCAUCACGUCAAGAGAACAUCCAUUGCUGUUACCGAAGAGAUGGGCUUUAGUAAGAAUGAAAUGAAAAGUCUGAUAUUAUCUACUCCAAAACUAUGGAUUACUCAUGGGCCGUCAUUACUCCGAAGGUUUGAAUAUUUGCACAACGAAAUGGGAUUAUCACACAGUGUACUUGUAAAAUUUCCAAAGAUUUUACUGUCACGGGAAUUCAGGAUAAAGCAACGUCAUCUUUAUCUGAAGACUCUCGGCCGAGCCCAGUAUGAUCCUCACAAACCUAGUUAUGUGUCUCCAGCUUCACUGGUGGAAGGCAGUGAUACCCAUUUUUGUAGUGACAUUGCGAAAAGCACUAUUCAUGAUUACAACAUAUUUCUGAAGACCCUUUAAUUCGCUAUUAUUUAUCUGUGUACAUUUUGUCGCAAGAAUGUAGACGCAUCUCUUGUAUUUACAAAUAAUUCAGAAUAAAAAGGUCGAACAAUUA